GUCAUUUUCGACUCUUCCCCUUAUCUUCAAAAACUUCCCGGCUACCGACGACGGGAACUUGGUAGUUACAGGUGAAGAUAUGCCCUUGAAGUUCCCUCUCGGUGUACGAUUCAUCACUCAUUCUAUUCCCUGUAACCGUCUCGCUUCCAUGAAUUCUGUUGCUCUAAUCUAUUCCUUCCGCUCCGUCCCUGUUCUCUCCAAGGCAUUUCCUUUGAGAUUAAAGUACCUUGGGUUAGGCUCCCGGGUCAAUUUCUCUACCCGACCAGAGAGAACCCAAACCGGAUUCGGGAGGCGGAGUCGUAAUGGAGGAGAGAUUCGCGCGUCCAAGAGCUUGAUUGAGGAUGAGGCAGAGCUCAGUGAUUGGGUGAGCGAUUUGAGGCCUAGUUCGUUGCGUGGGAAGUUCACGAGCGACGAAGAUGACUCGGGUCCAGACCGGGUUCGUAGAAACGUAGACAGGGACACCAGUAGGGGUCCGAAGAGGGAAAGCCAAUCUGAUAGGUUCGAUGGUUCGAGAAGAGGAAGGGAAGGCCAAUCUGAUAGGUUCGAUGGUUCUAGAAGGGGAAGGGAAGGCCAAUCUGAUAGGUUCAGUGGUUCGAGAAGGGGAAAUGAGGGUGAAAUUGAUAGGUUUGGUGGUUCGAACAGGAGGAGAACCAGCGGCGAGCCGGUUGAGUCGUUUAGGAACAAGCGGUUAGGUGACCGAGAAGGUGUAAGGAAUGGUCGGAUUCAAGGAAAGAGUAGUGAGUCGUCUCUUCGUGGAAGGAAAGAGAGAAAUGUGGAUUCAGGGUUUAGGAGAGAGCGAGGUUUUGAAAACAACAAGGGUUUGGGGAAACAGGCUAGCGGUUCAAGACAGGAAGAGGAAGAUACUAGUGAUGAGGAUGAGGAGAGGGUAGUGUUGGGAAGCAUUGAUGAUUUGCUUAGUGAAGAUACUACUGAUGAUGACGAUGAAGAUGAAGAUGAAGAGCCUCUUAUUAAGAAAUCGCCUUCUGCCAAGGCUGUAGAGGCUGAUAAGCCAAGGACUGAAAAUGCUAAUACUUCAGAUUCUUACUUAUCUAAGACAAGAUUUGAUCAAUUCCCACUAUCUCCUUUAUCGCUAAAGGCUAUCAAAGAUGCGGGAUUUGAGACAAUGACUGUUGUGCAGGAGGCUACUCUUCCUAUCAUUCUUAAAGGUAAAGAUGUUCUAGCCAAGGCCAAAACAGGCACUGGGAAAACCGUUGCAUUUUUGCUUCCAUCAAUCGAAGCGGUUAUCAAAUCUCCUCCUGCAAGCCGGGAUAAUAGGCAACCCCCAAUUAUUGUUCUUGUGGUUUGCCCUACUCGGGAACUUGCUAGUCAAGCUGCUGCAGAAGCAAACACAUUGCUGAAGUAUCAUCCGUCUAUUGGUGUUCAAGUUGUGAUUGGAGGCACAAAGCUUCCUACAGAGCAAAGGCGUAUGCAGACAAAUCCUUGCCAGAUUCUUGUGGCUACACCUGGAAGGCUCAAAGACCAUAUCGAGAACACUUCUGGAUUUGCCACAAAGUUGAUGGGUGUGAAAGUCCUUGUGCUUGAUGAGGCCGAUCAUCUCUUGGACAUGGGUUUCCGAAGGGAUAUUGAGAGGAUAAUCGCUGCUGUUCCUAAGCAGAGACAAACAUUUUUAUUUUCAGCCACGGUACCUGAAGAGGUCCGCCAAAUAUGCCAUAUUGCUCUGAAACGGGAUCAUGAGUUCAUCAAUUGUGUUCAAGAGGGUUCUGGGGAGACGCAUCAAAAGGUCACUCAAAUGUACAUGAUUGCCUCACUGGAUAGACAUUUCUCGCUUCUGUAUAUGCUCCUUAAAGAACACAUCGCAGAUAAUGUGGACUAUAAGGUUAUUAUUUUCUGUACAACUGCUAUGGUUACAAGAUUGGUGGCUGAUCUGCUUGGUCAGCUAAGCCUGAACGUCAGAGAGAUCCAUUCUAGAAAACCGCAGGGUUACAGAACCAAAGUCUCUGAUGAGUUCCGCAAGUCCAAGAGUAUUAUCCUUGUUACAUCCGAUGUAUCUGCUCGUGGUGUCGAUUACCCUGAUGUGUCACUAGUCGUACAGAUGGGAUUGCCAUCAGACAGGGAACAAUAUAUACAUAGACUUGGCAGAACCGGGCGGAAAGGUAAAGAAGGGGAAGGUGUACUGUUGUUGGCACCGUGGGAAGAGUACUUUCUAUCAUCUGUUAAAGACUUACCCAUCACCAAGUCUUCUUUACCACCAAUAGACCCUGAGGCUGUGAAAAAGGUGCAGAGGGGGCUAAGCCAAGUGGAAAUGAAGAACAAGGAGGCGGCGUAUCAGGCGUGGUUGGGGUACUAUAAAUCUCAGAAGAUGAUUGCAAGAGACACGACCAGACUGGUGGAGUUAGCCAAUGAGUUUAGCCGGAGCAUGGGACUUGACAUCCCACCAGCUAUCCCAAAAAAUGUUCUUGGCAAGAUGGGUCUCAAAAACGUUCCCGGUCUUAGAACCAAGUAGAUUUUUUUUGAAAAAAAUUAAAAUCUUUUGCUUUUGUGUAAAAUCUUUAAUGCUCUGUAAGUGUAAUCUCUUGUCAUUCCUGCAAAACUUUGACUUUCUGAUAAUAAAGAAAUUCUACAAAAGUUACACUCCUA